AUGUCAGCUGAAACCGAAUUAUUGGGUAUGCCUGAGUCCUUAAAGGACAUCAAGCACAUUAUAUUGGUCCUUUCUGGUAAAGGUGGUGUUGGUAAGUCAUCUGUCACCACACAGACAGCAUUAACUUUAUGUUUAAAGGGAUACAAAGUGGGUGUUUUAGACAUUGAUCUAACUGGACCGUCGUUGCCUAGAAUGUUUGGUUUAGAAAAUAAACAGGUUUAUCAGGCUUCUAAGGGUUGGAUACCCGUUAGUGUUCCUACGACAUCAGGAGGGGAAUUGAAACUCAUGUCCUUGGGUUUUCUUUUGGAUGAUAGAGGUAAUAGUGUGGUAUGGCGUGGUCCUAAGAAAAGUGCUAUGAUUAAACAAUUUAUAAAAGAUGUGGAUUGGGGAGAUUUGGACUAUUUGAUUAUCGAUACACCGCCCGGAACUUCGGAUGAACAUAUAUCUAUCGCAGAAGAGUUGAGGUGGGCUGCACCUGAUGGUGCUAUUAUUGUUACCACGCCUCAAGGUGUCGCUACGGCAGACGUGAGAAAGGAAAUCAAUUUCUGUAAGAAAGUCAACUUCAAUAUACUCGGUGUCAUCGAGAAUAUGUCCGGAUUUAUAUGUCCUCAUUGUGCUGAAUGUACAGAUAUCUUCUCUAGAGGAGGCGGUUUCAAAUUAGCCAGCGAAUAUAACGUUCCGUACCUGGGGAAUAUUCCAAUUGAUCCGACGUUUGUCGAGUUGAUUGAGAAACAGACUGGGUUCAAAGAGAGCUUAGUUGAUCUCUACAAGGAUUCUGGAUUGUAUGUCAUUUUCUCAAAGAUAUUAGAUAAUGUACUGAACGGUGAAGUAAAAAGUGGAACAGAUCAAUAA